CGUUGUUUGUGAUAUCUUUAUUGGUUUUGGGAGCCCGAGAGUCUCUGUACUGGCAAGUCGGUCGCGUGGAUUUUUGCGCAAGUUUUUAGAAAAACACUGACUCGAGUAGAGCAUUUCUCCGGAAAGUUUCAAGUGCAGCAAAAUAGCGAACAUGCAAAACUGGCCAAGGGGAGACCUCUAGUGGUUAAACGCUUCUUUAAGUUCGGAAGGCCGAGAGCAAAGUUUGGCCUUUGCUUGUAGCUACGUAGUCCGUUCAGACGUGGAAGUAAUUAGACGACCUGAGCGAGCAGCCAGAUGUGUGUGAAUGGAUGCCGAUCAGAAAUACAAGGAGAAGUCUUGGGGGUGGACAGCAAUCCCAAAGACCACCAGACAGUUAUUUCUUCACUGCCACUAGGUUCCAAAAUAAAUCAUGACUGAAUCUGCCUCUAGCACAAGUGGUCAAGAAUUUGAUGUAUUCAGUGUUAUGGACUGGAAAGAUGGAGUAGGCACGCUACCAGGAAGUGACUUAAAGUUUCGGGUAAACGAGUUUGGAGCCCUGGAAGUUAUCACAGAUGAGAGCGAGAUGGAAAAUGUUAAAAAAGCAACAGCUACCACAACUUGGAUGGUCCCAACUGCUCAGGAAGCCCCGACCUCUCCCCCGAGUUCCAGGCCCGUAUUUCCACCUGCCUACUGGACAUCUCCACCUGGAUGUCCCACAGUCUUUUCAGAGAAGACUGGGAUGCCUUUCAGGUUGAAGGAUCCAGUGAAAGUAGAAGGGCUUCAAUUCUGUGAGAACUGUUGUCAGUAUGGCAAUGUAGACGAGUGUCUUUCUGGAGGAAACUAUUGCAGCCAGAAUUGUGCCCGGCAUAUCAAAGACAAAGAUCAGAAGGAAGAAAGGGACGUAGGAGAGGACAAUGAGGAAGAAGAUCCUAAGUGUAGUCGGAAGAAGAAACCAAAAUUAUCUCUGAAAGCUGACUCCAAGGAGGAUGGAGAAGAUCGGGAUGAUGAAAUGGAAAACAAACAAGACGGAAGAAUCCUGAGGGGUUCGCAGAGAGCCCGAAGGAAAAGGCGAGGUGAUUCGACUGUAAUAAAGCAGGGCUUGCCUCCUAAGGGAAAGAAAGCCUGGUGCUGGGCGUCCUACCUGGAAGAGGAAAAAGCUGUGGCAGUGCCAGCAAAGCUGUUCAAGGAGUAUCAAUCCUUUCCAUAUAACAAAAAUGGGUUUAAAGUUGGCAUGAAAUUAGAAGGUGUGGACCCCGAGCAUCAGUCCGUGUACUGUGUCCUCACUGUGGCUGAGGUGUGUGGAUAUCGGAUAAAACUGCACUUUGAUGGAUAUUCUGAUUGCUAUGACUUCUGGGUAAACGCGGAUGCUCUCGAUAUUCACCCGGUUGGGUGGUGUGAGAAAACUGGCCACAAACUCCAUCCUCCAAAAGGUUAUAAAGAAGAAGAAUUUAAUUGGCAGACCUAUCUAAAGACAUGCAAAGCCCAAGCUGCUCCCAAGUCAUUAUUUGAAAAUCAGAAUAUAACAGUGAUCCCAUCAGGCUUUCGAGUUGGAAUGAAGCUUGAAGCCGUAGACAAAAAGAAUCCUGCGUUCAUCUGUGUUGCUACGGUGACAGAUAUGGUGGACAAUCGUUUCCUGGUACAUUUUGACAACUGGGAUGAGAGCUAUGACUAUUGGUGUGAAGCAUCGAGCCCACACAUUCAUCCAGUCGGGUGGUGUAAAGAACAUAGAAGGACACUCAUUACUCCUCCAGGUUAUCCAAAUGUGAAACAUUUUUCUUGGGAUAAAUACUUAGAAGAAACCAAUUCUUUACCUGCCCCUGCAAGAGCUUUCAAAGUGAAACCUCCACAUGGAUUCCAGAAAAAAAUGAAGCUUGAAGUCAUAGACAAGAGAAAUCCUAUGUUUAUUAGAGUAGCAACAGUUGCAGACACGGAUGAUCACCGAAUAAAAGUUCACUUUGAUGGCUGGAACAGCUGCUAUGAUUACUGGGUAGAUGCGGAUUGCCCUGAUAUUCACCCUGUGGGCUGGUGUUCAAAAACCGGGCAUCCUCUUCAGCCUCCUUUGAGCUCCUUAGAAUUAAUGGAAGCUUCAGAACAUGGCGGAUGCUCAACCCCAGGAUGUAAAGGGAUUGGUCAUUUUAAGAGAGUGAGACACCUGGGCCCUCACAGUGCUGCCAACUGUCCCUAUUCAGAAAUCAAUUUGAAUAAAGACCGAAUUUUCCCAGACCGCUUAAGUGGUGAGAUGCCUCCGGCUAGUCCAUCAUUUCCAAGAAAUAAAAGGGCAGACACAAAUGAAAUCUCUUCAUCUCCUGAAAUCAGAGACCAGCAUCCUGAUGAUGUCAAAGAAGACUUUGAAGAGAGAACAGAAAGUGAAAUGAGGACAUCACAUGAAGCCAGAGCAGGUGCCCGGGAAGAACCUAGCCUACAACAAGCACAGCGCCGGUCGGCUGUCUUUCUGUCCUUUAAAUCACCAAUUCCAUGUCUGCCCUUGCGCUGGGAGCAGCAGAGCAAACUUCUCCCCACCGUAGCUGGAAUUCCUGCCAGUAAAGUUUCCAAAUGGAGCACAGAUGAGGUGUCAGAGUUCAUACAGAGCUUACCUGGCUGUGAAGAACACGGAAAGGUAUUUAAAGAUGAACAAAUUGAUGGAGAAGCCUUUCUGCUCAUGACCCAAACAGACAUUGUUAAAAUUAUGAGCAUUAAGUUGGGACCUGCUCUCAAAAUUUUCAAUUCUAUCCUGAUGUUCAAAGCUGCAGAGAAGAACUCUCACAAUGAACUUUGAAGAUGGUGAAUUUUGAAUACCAUCAGCUUUCUGCUUUAAAGCUCAUGUUUUAUUCAAAGCACAAGGACAGUUAUAACUCCUAAGCGAGAAGUCUCCAAAACUCAAAAGAGCAACGCUAUCAGAUUAUUUAUAUUCCUCAAGAGACAAUAUAUAUGAAUCCUUAUGAAAGUGCUUCAGCUUUUAACCAGGUACUGUCUAAGAGCACUCAUCCUUUGGUUCUGUUCACUGAGCUAAAUUUAUCUUUGUAAAUCUUUUUGAGGCUGGGGGAGGGGUGGGAGGGAAAGGGAACUUCAUUAAUUAUUUAUGGUAAAGGGGGGGUCAGGAUAAGAACUUUUGGCAUUUUGUAAACAUUGUUGAGUCCUCUUUCAUGUACACGGUUUCUUUUUCAGUACUUUCAGAAACCUUUUUAUAUAAUCCAACUUCAACUUAAACCAAAUUAGUCAAGACCUGGCCAAGUUUAGCCAGUGGGACUGUUACCUGUAUUGUUAAUUCUGUGCCAUAUUUUGAACUGCAACAUUAUGCUAAGUAUAACUUUGCAAGUCAUGAUAUUGCCUAACUGCUUGUCAUAAUCUGUUGGGGCUGAAUAGAUGUAAAAAAUUACUUUUCUCUAAAUCAGUGUUUUUACUUUUGCACGCAUUAUGAAAUGUUAAAUUACUUUUCACCAGCAUCAUUACUAUAAUUACCAAAAACGUGUAUAUAAAUAAUGGAAUUGAAAAAUAAAAUAUAUAAAUAAAUUAGGUGAUGUAUUUGAAUGGCA